CUGUAACAGCUGCAGUGAAUCCAGCAGCUGUAAACUUAGCUGUCCUUUGAGACUCUCUCUCAGGCUCCGCCCAGUGUCUACCCCGGGGUCACCACGACAGGUUCUGCCCAGGUGAGUCUAAACCAAUGGUCUUUUAACUGUGUUCAGUUAUUCAACAGGAAAUUCGUGAGAAAACCAACCACACUGAGGCUGUGACCUCAUCAGCUCCAGGACCUUCAGGGGCUGUGACCAUGGGUCUCAUGGUGGUCAGCACACACCUGGGCCCUGCUCUUCAUAGCCAGGAUAUGUUCUCGUUGUCUGGCUUCACUGAACCUACUAUCGUCCUGAUGAACUCCACAUGGAGGCUGGUGAUCAUCUGCCUCAGUGUGUCCGGCAGACGUCCAGCAGCUGGUGCUGAGUAAAGCAGAUGUUCCCCCUGAGCAGCAGCAGUGGAGCCCCCUCAUGGACCAGGAGGACCCAGAGCCCCCCCACAUUAAAGAGGAACAGGAGGAACUGUGGACCAAGCAGGAGGGAGAGGCUGAUAUCAAGUUCACACUGAUUCCUGUCGCUGUGAAGAGUGAAGAAGAUGAAGAGACACCUCAGUCGUCACAGCUUCAUCAGAGUCAGACUGAGGAGAACGGUCCAGGACCAGGACCAGGACCAGCCAGGAACUCAGGUCCUGAGGGACAUUUACAACCUGUUAGUGAAGAUAAUUCGUUAGUUUCUACAGAAACUGAUGAGAGUGACUGUGAUUGGACACACUCCAAUGAAGAUCAGUCAGGAAACGAGAAUGAUCAGAACUGUGAAGCACCUGAAGCUGAUGCAGGGACUUCAGAGAAGGAGAGACCCUUCCCCUGCUCGUUCUGCGGUAAAAGAUUCAGCCUUAAAGGAAACUUGAACCGACACAUCCGGGACCACACGGGCGAGAGACCGUUUCCCUGCACAGGUUGUGACAAAUCCUUCAAAGACAGUGGCUCGCUGACGGCACAUAUGAGGUGUCACACAGGAGAGCAGCCGUACAGCUGCUUGUUCUGCGGGAAGAGCUUUAGUGGAAGGGGAAACAUGACGAGACACAUGAGAAUCCACACAGGAGAGAAACCCUUUACCUGCUCAGUGUGUAACAAAAGUUUUCAUGUGAAAGAACAUCUCAGCAGACAUAUGAAGUAUCACACAGGGGAGAAACCGUUCAAUUGCUCCAUCUGCGGUAAAGGUUGUGCUCAGAAAACUGACCUGAAGAAACACAUGAGAGUUCACACGGGAGAGAAACCCUUCAGUUGUCCCUUCUGUGGAAAGUGUUGUGCUGAAAAAGGAGACCUGACCAAACACAUGAGAGUUCACACAGGAGAGAAACCGUUCAGCUGCAACGUUUGUGGUAAAAGUUGUGCUCAAAAGGGAAGCCUCAAGAUUCACAUGAGAAUCCACACAGGAGAGAAACCCUUCAGCUGCUCAGUCUGCGGCAAACGUUUCACUGUCACAGGACAUCUGAAGAGACACAUGAAGCUGCAUGUCGCCGACAGCCAGGGGAACGAGGCUGAAGAGCUCCAUUCAGACAAAGCCCAGCAGCAGCUGGAGGCUGAUGGACCAGGGGACACGUCGGGUUGUCCCCUCAGUGCAGAGGAAAGAUGUUAGAGAUACAGCUCAAGUCCUCAAGAGACCAUCACUCAGUCGAGUGGAGUCCUGCACCCAAACCCAGUGGUCCCUCAAAAUCAGUCAAGAGGCAGCAACUCACACUCACUCCUGAAAGUCCGUCCACUAAAUAUUUCAGAUUUUAUUAAUCUUCCAUGAAUUAUUUUCUGAAUCAUCAACAAAAGUGUUACAAAAAGUUGUAUCUCUGUUAUUGCUGAAUCUCUGGAUCUUCUCUGGAGGAUCACACUCAGUUCCUCCUCUAUCCUGUAAGGUCUGAAUCCAGGAGCAGUGUGAACAGCUGAGGAUCCUCCACUGAUUCACUGAGGGGGGG